AUGAAUAAUAAAAACUGGAAUGACAGAGCAGACAAAGACUUGUUCUUUACUAUUCUCUCUGUUAAGAACAUUGGCAUCAUAAGCGGCUCGGAAUGGACCACUAUUGGUAACCACAUGAGAAGUCUGGGCUAUGGCUUCACCAAUGAAGGCUGUCGUCAACAUUUCCAAGGUCUACGUCGGGCUCAGAACAAGACAGAGCCCACAGGACCUAAUGGGGACGCAGUACGACGGAAUGAUCCGACUAUGAAUCCCAUCACACGUCGUCCUGGGCCUGGACGGGGUCGUCCAAGAAAACAGCCUCCUGCUCCGGUACCUGGAGCUCCAGGAGAGGGUGCUCCUCAUCCACUCCCGGCACCUGGUGCAGCUCCUGGGCCUCCCAGCUCAGCGCCUCCUUAUCAACAGGGUGUCCAACCAUUUGACGCUGCUCAUGCUAACCAUCAAUCUGCACCUCCUCAACCAGUUCAAACUGCCAUUAGACCGGGAAGCAUAUCCUCUGCACCAGCUGCGCCGGAGACACAGACUCCUGGGGACGCGCCCCCCAGUACGGGCUCAAUUACCUACCCAAGCCCUCCCCUUGCGUCUGAACCUCUUCAGGAGACUCCUCAUCUGCAUCCCCUUCAACAUGAACAACCUGGUCAGUCUAGUCAGCAGCCUCAACCUGAGCAGCAAUCCCAACUUGGACAACAGCCUCAGCCAACUCAGGUCCAACUAGAGCAACAAUCUCAAUCCAACCAGCAACUACAGCCAGCCGCGCAGUCUCAGCCUAGUCAAGAAAUUCAACCUGACUACCAACCUCAGGAGCUCCCACAAGAGCCUUCACGAGAUGUUCGCGAAGCUACUGACGCAAGCGCCACGUCCCAACCUCAACCUGAACCUCGACCAGUAGAACACCAGGAGCCCGAUAGUCUAAUGUCUCAAGAGCAAAUGGGACGGGUAAACGACGAUAUAGAUGCCGAUGGUGAUGCCGACGGCGAAGCAGAUAUGGAUAACGACGAGCCCAGCGCUAAACGACAACGUCUGGGCUCACCGGACCCUCCCAAGGGUGAUGAUAUGGACGAUGAAGCCGUAUUAGCCCUCGCUGCACAUAACGGUUCCGCAGAUUUUGCUUCUGAUUUCGCUACUUAUGGUGAAGCAUAA